AUGUUCUUCUACCCAAUUUGCUGCUACUUCUGCAUCCGAAGACGCCGUGCCGGGUCAACCGCGAGCAACAGGCCAAGCGAGGAGCGAGUCCUCAACGGCGGGCCGCCAGAGAAUCAAGACGGCGGCGAGCCUUCGCAAGAGAUCGAGUUGCCAAACAAUGAUGUUAUGCAGCCAGGUGUUCCGCCAGAUGUUCAGCAAGGCGACCCUCAGCAAGGCAUCAAUAUAAUUUCAUUCCCUCGAUUGGAAGACAACCCGGACGGCGACAACCAUUCAAGUGAUGCCCCUCAGCAAGCCAACCCUCAGCAAGGCAGUGAAUCAAGAACCGUGACGGGUCUAUCCCCUUCAUGCAAAGACCCAAGGGAUGAAGAGCAGGAUAACAGCAGUUCUUCAGAUGAUGCUCCGUCACCCAUUGUUGCUCGGUACAAGAAGGAGACCCGGGGUCGCAGGGUAUCACGCUACCAAAAGGUUAAGCAACAUAUGUCUGAGGGAGAAAGAGACAUGAUAGCAGCAAUGAGUCAAUUCAAUUGA